GAUGCGGAUCGUGGACGACGACGUCAGCUGGAAUAGCAUUGCUGCUGUCCAGGAGAAGGAGGAGGAGGAGGACGAAGGGGACAUGCCAGUGGUGGCAGAAUUUAUUGAUGAGCGUCCAGAUGAAGUGAAGCUCAUGGAGGAAUUCCGAACAAAUACGAAAUGGAAACUUUUAGGAGACCAGAAUGAAGACUCCCGAAGUUCAGAUGUUUUGGCACCUGCCAAAUCUACCGUGAGGCAACAGCGCCAUGACUCCCCAGACAGCUCGCCGCCAAGGAGACUGCGGCACGACUCCCCCAACAAAUUGCCUCCAGGGCAACAGCGCCAUGGCUCCCCGGACCUGUCCCCUCCCAGGCGACAGCUCCACGAUUCCACAGGCCUGUUGGCUCCCAGGAGACAGCGCCACGACUCCCCAGACCUGUCCCCGCCAAGAAGGAAGCGCCACGACUCCCCAGACCUGUCCCCUCCCAGGCGACAGCGCCACGACUCCCCAGACCUGCGACAGCGCCACGACUCCCCAGACCUGUCCCCUCCCAGGCGACAGCGCCACGACUCCCCAGACCUCUCCCCGCCAAGAAGGAAGCGCCACGACUCCCCAGACCUGUCACCUCCCAGGCGACAGCGCCACGACUCCCCGGACCUCUCUCCGCCAAGAAGGAAGUGCCACGACUCCCCGGACCUGUCCCCUCAGAAGCGUCAGGCUACGCCAGAUCUAUCCCCUCCACGGAAGAAGAGGUAUGGUUCUGACCCAGAUUCGUCACCGCUGCGCAGAAAGAGGACUGGGUCACCUGGUGUGAGAAAGCAGAGCAGAACAAAAGGUGAGCGUGUGCCCUCGCCUCAGAGGUGCCUGAGGCACGACUCUGAGUCUCCGUCUCCACGGAGGGGUACCCGGAAUGCCUCUGAUGCAGACCACUCUGAUUUAUCGCCUCCACGACGGACUCUGCCAGCUGGGAAGGAUCGGCAUAGUUCAAGGAGUCCCCCUAACCUCUCCCCUCAUCGCCACCGUGACGCUAGGGCAUCUCCCAAGAAGGCAAACGUGAUGUUAUCUGGGGUCAAAGCUGGCCUGGUGUCAGCUGACGUGCUGCGGAGGGAACAGCAGGAGCUCAGGAGGCAUGAGAGAAAUAACAAGCACUUGGAAGAGGAAUCCCGGCACUCUGAGACCGUCUUCCGAGACAAGUCAGGCCGCAAGAGGGACCUUGUGCAGGAGCGGCUGGAGCAGAGGCAGAAAGCCGAGGCAAAGUCCGAGAGAGACGAGCAAUACGCCAAGUGGGGGAAAGGGCUGGCGCAGGGGAGGCAACAGCAGCAGAAUGUGGAAGAUGCCAUAAAAGAGAUGCAGAAGCCGUUGGCCCGUUACAUUGAUGACCAGGAUCUGGACCGAAUGCUGAGAGAACAGGAGAGAGAAGGAGACCCCAUGGCUGACUUCAUCAAAAAAAGGAAGGCCAAAGAGAACAAAGAAAAGAAAGAAAAACCUAGGUACAACGGACCAGCACCUCCGCUCAACAGAUUUAAUAUAUGGCCCGGGCAUCGCUGGGACGGUGUGGACAGGUCCAACGGCUUCGAGCAGCAGCGCUUUGCCAGGAUAGCCAACAAGAAGGCAGUUCAGGAGCUUGCGUACAAGUGGAGCGUUGAGGACAUGUAG